UUUUGGGAUGAUAAUGUGGAAAUUGGCAUAUUGCAAAAAACCUUUUUCAGACCGUGCAUAUAAUUUGGAUCUUGUCAUUGAUAUUUGUGAAGGUUUUCAUCCGGCAUCCAAAUAUAGAAUUCCAGAAUAUUACUUUGAUGUCAUGAAUCAAUGUUUAAGCCUUGAUCCUUUCAUGAGAUCUACUGCUGAACAACUUUACAAAACAUUUGAAACAGAAGAAGGUCCACCACUUUUUAAUAAUAAGUUUGAAGUUCACCCAGAGGCUAUGUACAAUA